AUGGACAUGGUCUCUCCCUACGAGGACAGCACAGAGCUGCAGGAUCGGCUGCGAGCUCACCACCACCACCACCGUGGCAGCAAGAGACUGGCAACGGCCGGGGGAGGGCAGUGGUGUUACGACUCACAGGACCCCAAAUGCGGCCCCAGCCACUGGAAGGAGCUGAAAGCCACGUGUGGUGGCGACAAACAGUCCCCUGUGAAUAUCGACAGGCGCCAGCUGCAGCGGGACAGUGGCCUCGGAGACAUCGUUUUCCAGGGCUAUGAUCAGGCCCCACCUGGCACGUGGAGGCUGGCAAAUGAUGGGCACACAGUGAUGCUGAGCCUGGCAAGCGAGUCAGCCUCUGAGCACAUCACCAUCAGUGGCGGGGGCCUCCCCGGCAGGUACCGCGCGCUGCAGCUCCACUUCCACUGGGGCAGCCCAGUCAGGAACGGCUCUGAGCACACCCUCGAUGGGCACCAGCUCCCCAUGGAGCUGCACAUCGUCCACAUCAAUGUCAAGUAUCGGACGCUGGCAGAGGCUAAGGGGCAUCCCAACGGGCUGGCUGUCCUCGGCUUCUUCUUCCAGGUCUCUGAAACCCCAAACACCAACUACAACACCAUCGUGGCAGGACUGAGGAAUGUCUCCCACACUGGGGAUGCUGUGGAUUUGGCUUCCACCUUCCGCCUGAGCACCCUGCUGCCACGCACCAGCCGGCUCUCUGGGUACUACCGCUACCAGGGCUCCCUCACCACCCCCGACUGCAGCGAGGUCGUCGUCUGGACUGUCUUUGAGGAGCCGGUGGAGAUCGGCCGGGAGCAGCUGCAGGCGUUCGUCAGCACCCUCCACUUCCCUGCCGCCGUGACUAACAACUUCCGCCCGCCGCAGCCCCUCCGCAGCCGGAAGGUCUUCGCCUCCAGGGCGGCCACGGCCAGCGGCGGGUCCCCGUGCAGGGACCGCUGCCAGCUCCUCUCCCCCCUGCUCCUGCUAGCCCUGCUUGGCCCCUUCUCACCAACCCUGUAGAGUCUGGCCCAGCCUUUCACCAGUCUCCACACAAGCAUCGCCCUGCUGCAAUGGUGAUGGGAAAGCAACACAUCUGGUUCGUGGGUAAAUGGGAAAAAAACAACCCAAAAAAAUGCACGUCGAGACCUCAGCUGGGUGAAGAUUUUGCAUACCUGGAUCUCUGCAGAGGUGAAUCUCUGUAAGCCCGGAGCCUCCCCUGCGAAGCCCCUGUAGCCAGGUGGUGGGGGCCACCAGGAGGGGAUGCUGGAGGGACUGGAAUA